AUGGAUGCAAAGGAAAUCGACCGGCAGUGUCGAUUGCCUUCGACAGUGCCAUCUGCUGCUGCAGCAGCAAGGCGCCACCAGCACCUGCGGCAGCAGCAGCAGCAGCAGCAGCAGCAAAAGCAGCAGCAGAAGGCCCCCUGCGCUGACGACGACUGGGAGGAGGUCCCCUCGGCGUCCUUCUCCCCCGCCGAUGAACACAGCAGCAGCGGCGGCAGCGAGAGCCCCAGCAGCAGCAGCAGCAGCAGCAGCGAGUUCAAUGGAAAGACAAGGAGCGAGGAGGAGUUCGGCCCUGGCUGCUGCGAGGAGUCCGGCAGCCCCAGCCCGACUUCAGCAGCAGCAGCAGCAGCAGCAGCAGCAGCAGCGGGGCCCACGGCAGCAGCAGCAGGUUCAACAAGAACAGCAGAAGCCGAGGCUGGGGAGGAGGACCCUUUCAAGGCGCCUGCGUCGCCGCGGUGGGCGAGCGAUAGGAACAGCAGCAGCAGCAGCAGCAGCAGCAGCAGCGGCAGCAGCAGCAACCGCUCAGCUGGCGACACCUCCAGUAGGAGAAGUUUGACGGUCGAUUUUUUAUCGGGUCGGGGAAUCCCUGCAGCAGCUGCCUCGCCGAGCCCUGCUGCAGCAGCAGCGGGCGCUCCCGCUGCAGCAGCAGCCCCCGCUGCAGCAGCAGCAGCAGCAGCAGCAGCAGCAGCAGCGAGCCCGAGCGGCUGCGCCCCGCGCGCGUCCACUCCGCAGGCGUUCCCGCGCGGCGCCGCGAGCUUUGCCGCGCCCGCGAGCAGCAGCCGCAGCAGCAGCAGCCGCCGCAGCAGCAGCAGCAGCAGCAGCAGCAGCAGCAGCAGCGGGGAGUGGGUGCGGGGCUGUUUGCUGCUGUUUCCCCUCAAGGUCAGCAGCGGCGAAGGCAUCCACGAAGGCUACGUGAGGCCCCUCGUGGCUUAUAUGUCGCUGCCGUGGUCUUUGGGGAUGAUAGCUGGCCGUGGGCAGCAGGCCUUUUUCUGCAUAGGAUACCAGGGCGACUGCAUGCUUUACCUCGACCCCCACUCCAGGAUCCAGCGGAUAGAGCAGCAGCACCCCUCCUGCUGGCUGCUGUCUGCGGGGAAGCCGCACUCCCAGCUGAAGCCGCCGAAGCGCCCGAAGCCCCCGAGACACCGGCGACACCCGCAGCAGCAGCAGCAGCAGCAGCAGCAGCAGCAGCAAACGGCUUGCGAAGCCAAUUCCCUUUCCAAGCCAGAGAGGGCGGCGCCCACGGCGGCAGCAGCAGCCAGGAGCCAACAGCCAAAGUUGCAGAUCCCACUGCAGCAGGGACCGGCUUCGCCGCAGCAGCAGCAGCCGGAGCUGCAGCAGGAGCAGCAAGACAGCGAGCAGCAGCAGCAAAAGAGAAGCUGCUUGAGCCUGGCGGUGCCCUCUUGUGUGCAGCCGCUGUGCCGGGCGACGGACUUUCCCUCUUCGAACGAGUCGUGGCUGUUUGCCCCGCAGCAGCAGCAGGAGCAGCAGCAGCAAGAGCAGCAGGAGCCGCAGCAGCAGCAGCAGCAGCAGCAGCAGGAGCAGCAGGAGCAGCAGCAGGAGGAGUACCGCGGGGGCCUCAGGAGGCACAUGUGCCUCACCAUUCCCUCCUCCCCGCUGGACACUCCGCAGUCUUCUGAGGGCUUCGUGCUGCUGCAGACAAGAGGACAAAUCAGCAGCAACCAAACUUCUCCAAGACAAACAGAUUUGCUGACAGAAAGAACUUUGGCUUGUUUGCUGCAGGUGUCGCCGCAGGAGUGGGCGCAGCUGCUGCAGCCCCGCAGGGCCAUAGAGUGCGGCGCCUACGCGCUGCCUGCUGCAGCAGCGGACGGCUGCUGCAGCAGCGGCAGCAGCAGCAGCAGCAGCUGCAGGACGCGCAGGGGCAGCAGCUGCAGCAGCUGCAGCAGCUGCAGCACGCUCCAGUUUGCUUCUCCUCGCCCGCCAUCUUCAGCUGACGUUUUAUAUACUGACGAAUUCGUCUCAGUGCCUUCCCCGCCUCUCAGCAGCUCGAGGCGCUUUCUGCUGCCCCCGGCCCCUGCUGCUGCUGCUGCUGCUGCUGCACCACUGCAGCAGCAGCACCCCCACCAAAUGCAGCUCAUGAUCCUGCCCCAGCAGCAAACGCUGCUCCAGCGAAUGCAGAAAGAAUGCACUGAACUGCCGCCACCUCUGAGCAGCAGCAGCAGCAGCAGCGGCAACCACUCGGGUUCCGCCGAGCAGCAGAAGCAGCAGCAGCAGCGAGACAAGCAGCAGCAGCAGCAGCAGCAGCAGCAACAGCAACAGCCAUUGCAGGAGCCGCAGCACCCCAGCGGCGCUGCCGGGAUGCUUCGCUCCCUAUUCUCGCUCUCCUUCCGUGGCUAUUCCAAAGGAACGCCUGUUGCAGCUGUCUUUCCCGCUGCAGUCAAAGAGCCAACAAGCAGCAGCAGCAGCAGCAGCAGCAGCAGCAGCAGCAGCAGCAGCAGCAGCAGCCGGCAGGAAGCAGAAGCUGCCUUGUCCCCUCGCAGCAAACAACAGCUUGAUGUUCCUUCAACGAGUGCUGUCACUCCAGAAGAGCCUCAGGGGGCCUGCUGCUCUCCGUCGAAAGCGCAGCAGGGCCGUGUCUCAGGCAAGACGCAGCAGCAACAGCAACAGCAGCAGCAGCAGCAGCAGCAGCAGCAGGUGGCUUCCCCCAUGUCUGGUGAUGUAUUUGCUGCUGCGACGGGGCCUGGGCACAAGACUGGAGUAGCAGCACUUGGAGGAGCCCCGAGCCCAGCAACAGGACUUGAGGCUGCAGCAGCUGUUGCUGCGGCAGAGCCAGCAGAAGCUGCUGCUGCCGCAGCAGCAGCAGCAGCAGCAACUGCUGCAGCGGCGACAAUCCCUGAAAAGCAGACCUACAGGACUGUGCGCCCCCUUUCCAGCAGCACUGUUGAGGAGCAGCUGCAGCAACUCGAAGACCUGCAGCAGCAGCUGGAGCUCAAAAUGAGUGUGCGGCAGCAGCAGCUGCUGCGGCAGCAGCGGCAGGGCCGCGCGGUUGCAGAGCAGCAGCAGCUGCAGCAGGGCGAGGGUCUGCUGCAUCCUGCCGAGAUGGGUUUUCAGGCGCACAGCGCUCCCGCCGCGACGGCAACAGCAGCAGCAGCAGCAGCAGCAGCAACAGCAGCAGCAGAAUUUUCUUCUUUUGGGGCAUAUAUGCCAGAGGAGGGAUUUGCAGGCCCCCGCUGCUGGCGCUCAAUGAAAGCAGCUGCAGAAGCAGCAGAAGCAAGUUUCGAGGCAGAGUCCCCAUUGUGUCUCACUACGACCGCCCCAGCAGCAGCAGCAGCAGCAGCAGCAGCAGCAGCAGCAGCAGCCCCGCUCUGCAGCAGCUCCGAGACCCCUGCUGCACCUGCCCGCAGCAGGCGGCAGCAGCGCAGAGCCACAGACCACCGGCAGCACCGCUUGGAGCCUUAUAGAGAAGGUGUGGGGCGGCCGCUUAGGUUAGCAGCAGCAGCAGCAGCAGCAGCAAGAAACCAGGGUAGGGCCUCGCUGUGGGUAGACCUUGUGGGGCCCCCCGGGGGGCCCCCGGGGGGGCCCCCGGGGGGGCCCCCCGGGGGGCCCCGCUGGGGGCCCCCUGAGGGGGCCCCUGGGGGCCCCGGCAGUUGCGGGCCCGCGGGGCCCGAAAGGAGAGAGGAACUGUCUUGGGCGCUGGCAGUGCUGCCGAGCCAGGAGCAGGAGAUGCUGGCAGCUGCUGCUGCAGUUUCUGCUGCUGCUGCUGCUGCUGAUGACGGGGGACGGCGCGAGGCUGCUGCUGCAGCUGCUCUGAGUGAAGGCAGCGAGAGCACCAGCAGCAGCAGCUGCAGCUGCAGCACAUUCAGCAGCCCCUGGGUUGAGGCUGUGCCUUCCGCCCCGGGCUGGACCUCAAGCGACAGCAGCUGGAUGGAACUGCAGCAGCAGCAGCAGCAGCAGCAGCAGCAACGGCAGUGCCUGCAGCAACAAGGCACGAAGCACGAGCAGCACAGCGGCCAGCGCUACCUGUUCGAACACAAGCAUCGGGAGAAGCAGCUGCUGCUGCAGCAGCCCUGCCAAGAGCGUCCAGAGCAGCAGCGUGCACGGCAGCAAGAAGCAGAGCAGCAGCAGCAGCAGCAGCAGCAGCAGCCAAAACGACACCACAGUGAGAGGCUGCAGAGCUGCAGCAAGGAAGUCUCUCUCCUGCAUGCUUCGCAACAGCAGCAGCAGUAUCAGCACAACCUGGAGAAGCAACAGCAGCGGCUGCAGCUGCAGCAGCGGCAGCUAGGGAACCACAGAGUUUCAAUUUCCAGCAAAUAUGAACAGCUGGCUCAGCAGCAGCAGCAGCAGCAGCAGCAGCCGGAGGUGGAGCAGCAGCAGCAGGACUGCUACGUUGAAGUGUCUCCGGUAGAGGUGCACCCGUUGCACUACAGAACCACGGAAGCUGCAGCAGCAGCAGCGAGAGCUGCAGCAGCAGCAACAGUGGCAACAGCAGCGAGAGCAGCAACGAGCCGCUUCGCCCAGCUGGCGUCGCACACGAUAAGAUGCGGCAGCAGCAACAGCAGCAGCGGCAACAACGCCAGCAGCAGCAGCAGCAGCAGCAGCAGCAGCAGCAACAGAUGGAACAUCAAGGGCCUCCAGCUGUCAGGUAUACAACAGAGCUUCUCGGGCCCUGCUCGCUGCAGCUGCAGCAGGCGACUCGGCCGCACUGACGCGGAAAGCGACAGCAGCAGCAGCAGCAGCAGCCACAGAAACUCCUGCUGCUGCUGCUGCUGCUGCACACCGCGCUGCACAGACAGCGGGCGGCGCCAGCGCUCCGCAGUCGCAUCAGCAGCAAGAUUUGAGGGGUCUUUCCACUACUGGGGAGCAGCAGCAGGAACAGCAGCAGCAGCAGCAGCAGCAGCAGCAGGUGCUACUGCAGGAGAUGGCGCGUCCCCAGCUUUCCACCGCCGUAGAAGAGCUGCAUGCAGUAGCAGCAGCAGCAACAGUGACAGCAGCAGCAGCAGUAGCGGCGGCAGCAGCAACAGCAGCAGGGAGGCCUCUCUAGGCCAUUCUUGGGGCCACAGCUGGGGGCCAAAAGUAGCUUCAGGUCAGUUUGACAUGAAAAGCAGAGCAAGGAAGAAGCAGCAGCAGCAGCAGCAGCAGCAGCAACAACAAAUGGACAGACGCUGCAGCAGCAGGCUGAGUCAGGCCAGGAUUUGGGGGCCCCGAGAGGAGGGCCUCCGAGGGAAGCGCGGCGGCAUUUUUUGGCAGCAGCAGCAGCAGCAGCAGGAGCUGCAAGAGCAGCUGGAGGUGGAACGGGAGGAGCAGCUACAGCUCCUGCAGCAGGAAACGCAGCAGCAGCAGCAGCAGCAGCAGCAGCAUGUUCGUAGGCAGCAGCACUUAGUCUCGUGCUCCCAUCUCAUUGUUGCUGCUGGAGCGGAAGCAGACCUGGCUGAGGCUGCUUCAAAGGUGGGCCUUAGCCCGUGGGGUGAAGGCAACGCUGCUGCUGCUGCUGCUGCUGCUGCUGCUGCUGCUGCUGCUUCUGAAGAUGAGUCAGCGGCCGUAGACCCCGUUCCAGUGUUCCCCAGCGCUCGGCCGCAGCAGCAGUAUCACCAUCAUUAUCAGCAGCAGCAGCUGCUGCAGCAGAAGCAGCAGCGAGUCUUUGCUGCUGCUGGCGCAGCUGCUGCUGCGCAACCUCCCACAGAGGGCAGCAGCUUGCUGCAGAAGCAGCAGCAGCUCUCGGCCCCACUGACUAGGGGCUCCUCCACAGUAAGGGGAAGCAACAGCUGCAGCACGAUGAAUAUGCUGUCAUCUGCUUCGCUGAGCAGCAGCAGCAGCACUGAGAGCAGCAGCAGCAGCGUCAGCAGCAACGAAAGAUGCGCCAUGACUCCUGCUGCUUCUCUAGGGUCGUCCCCCGCAGCUGCAGCGCAGGCACGGCCAGCAGCCUCCGCACCGGCUGCUGCUGCUGCUGCUGCUGCUGCUGCUGCUGCUGCUGCUGCUGAGGGGUCGCCUGCUGCCUCGCUGUGGGGCCUCUUCUUAUGA